AUGCCUGACCGGUGGAUAACUACCGUCGGAGUCGGUUCGGAAGAUGGUUCCAGCGUGGGUACGCUCUGCACCGCGGACAGUUCGGCGAGAGGGAAGGGGGGCAGCGAGCGGUGUUUGCGAAUGGCGGCAGUAACAGCAGCAAAGAAGAAGAAGAAGAAGAAGAAGAAGAAGAAGAAAGGAAAGGAAAGAAAAAGAAAAAAGAAGAAGAAGAAGAAGAAGAAGAAGGAGAAGAAGGGACCUCAUCAGACCCAGAGACUGCAACGUGAUCGAUCCGAAUGUCUUAUGUGUAGAUGUCAAGCAGAGAUCGAUAACGAUGAUAAUGACGAUAAUGAUGAUGAUGAUGACGAAAACGACGGGCUGGGUUUGUCUGCUGCGGUCUUGAUUCAAGCUGCAUGCCUAGAAGAGGAAGAAGAGGAAGAGGACGAAAAGGACGAAGAGGACGAAAAGGAAGAAAAGGACGAAAAGGACGAAAAGGACGAAAAGUAA